AUGCCCGAUCCCCGUGUCUUCAUCGUCCGCCACGGCGAAACAGAAUGGUCGCUUGAUGGCCGACAUACGGGAACGACCGACAUACCACUCACAGCGAAUGGCGAGAAGCGCAUAAGGGCGACGGGCAAGGCGCUCGUGGGUGAUGAUCGAUUGAUUGUCCCGGGGAAUCUGGCGCAUAUAUACGUCAGUCCUCGUAAACGCGCACAAAAGACGCUCGAACUCCUCCACCUAGGCUGUCGCGAUAGAUAUCCAUGGCACCACCAAUCCAACUCCUCCGAUUCGGACGCCAGCUCCAACGCCCUAGACAUACGCACCAACGCGAAGAUUGAAGUCACAGAAGCAAUACGCGAAUGGGACUACGGCAACUACGAGGGCAAAAUCACGCCUGAUAUCCGCAGAGAGCGAGCAGCGCGCGGUCUUAGUGCAGACUGGGACAUAUGGCGCGACGGAUGUGAAGGCGGCGAAUCGCCUGAAGAUGUAUCCGCGCGCCUCGAUGCGCUGAUCGCUGAGAUACGCGCGAAAUAUCACGAGGGGAAGUUUGGGAAGGACGCGGGCUGGAGGGGGAAGCAGGGGGUGCCGAAUGAUGUGCUUAUUGUUGCACAUGGGCAUAUUCUUCGCGCCUUUGCGGCGAGGUGGGUGGGCAAGAAUCUCGAGGACAAUCCUAGUUUGAUUCUGGAGGCAGGAGGUGUGGGCACGCUCAGUUAUGAACAUCAUCGAGUUGAGGAGCCGGCGAUUUUACUAGGAGGCGCAUUUGUCGUUGAUGUUGUGGAGAAGGAGCAGGAGGAGAGCAAAAAG